AUGGGUCUUCUCUCGCUAGGAACCCCUUUGGAAUGGCAAGAUGCCCGACCGCUUGCCUCUCACGUCCGCAAGCACGGCAUCCAACAGUUCCUCUCCCUCUGGAACAAGAUCAAAGAUCGCCGCGGUGAUAUACUGCUUUGGGGUGAUGAGAUCGAAUAUAUCGUAGUUUCCUUUGAUCAAGAGACACAGAAUGCUAAACUCUCAUUGAGGCAAGAAGAGAUUCUCAAGGUCCUCUCCGCUAGCGAUCAAGAAACACGUGAAACAGCCCCCGGUCUGGCAGGUCAGAUUCCAACCUUCCAUCCAGAGUAUGGGCGUUUCAUGCUCGAGUCCACCCCUGGAUCGCCGUACGGUGCAAGUCCGAAGGAGCUUCGACGUGUCGAACGCAACAUGAGGCUGCGCAGGCAGAUCGCCAGAUCUCAUCUCAAGCCGAAUGAGCUUCCUAUCACGCUGACUUCCUAUCCAAGGCUCGGUGUCACAGAUGCGCCUUUCACGGAACCACACUAUGAAGCUAAUGGUAAUGCUUCCAGGAGCAUGUUCCUCCCUGAUGAGCUGAUCAACCCGCACGCACGAUUCCCAACGCUCACUGCCAACAUCCGCAAGAGAAGAGGAAGCAAGGUCGCAAUCAACAUGCCUAUUUUCAAGGAUGUCAACACACCAUCGCCCUUCAUUGAUCCUAGCAUUCCAUGGGAUCGCAAUCUUUUCCCCGAGGAUGCAGAGGCGAAAGCGGGUGCAGCUAAGCCUGAUCACAUCUACAUGGAUGCCAUGGGGUUUGGUAUGGGCUGUUGCUGUUUGCAAGUUACUUUCCAGGCUUGUUCCCUCCAAGAAGCGAGGACAGUGUAUGAUCAGUUGAUUCCAGUUGGUCCAUUGUUGCUGGCUUUGACAGCUGCUUCUCCCGCCUAUAGAGGUUAUCUGGCAGACGUAGAUUGCCGAUGGAAUGUCAUUUCCGCUGCUGUGGAUGAUAGGACACCGCAAGAGAGGGGAGAGCCAGCAUUGCCCUUGCCAGCACACACACCAAGGGGAGGAUUGGAUCGCGAUGCAGAGCCAAUCCCCAAAUCACGCUACGAUUCGGUCGACUCGUACAUUUCUCAAGAUCCUCUCAAUCGUCGUAGCUACAACGAUAAUCCUUUGCCCAUCAAUGCCCAAGUCAAGCAACAGCUUCAGGAUGCAGGAGUAGAUGAUCUUCUCGCCGAUCACCUUGCGCAUCUUUUCAUCCGAGACCCCUUGGUGAUUUUCAGCGAGAUGGUGGAUCAGGAUGAUGAAACCAGCACGGAUCAUUUCGAGAAUCUUCAAUCGACCAACUGGCAGACGAUGAGGUUCAAGCCUCCCCCGCCCGGUGGAAGGAUCGGAUGGAGGGUUGAGUUCAGGAGUAUGGAGGUUCAGAUUACAGAUUUUGAGAAUGCCGCAUUUUCGGUCUUCAUCGUGUUGUUGACCAGGGCGAUCUUGAGUUUCGGGUUGAACUUCUAUAUGCCUUUGACAAAAGUGGAUCAGAAUAUGGCGAGAGCGCAUAAGAGGGAUGCGGUGAAUGGGCAGAAGUUUUGGUUUAGGAAGGAAGUCUAUAGGACGAGGAAUAGGCACGCCUCUAGGCAGGCUUCCAGGGAAGUUUCGAGAUGUAGUUCCUUGGAGAAUUUGCAGGGCGGGACUAAUGUUGCGAUCAAUGGUCGAGCGCUGAAUGGUGGGGAGUUGAAUGGUGCGGGGUUGAAUGGGAGGCUUAGUCCCCAGAGCAUCUCCUCGAGCUCGGAUGGUGGCUUGGAAGAAGAGCAUGCCGAGUUUACGAUGGAUGAGUUGAUGAAUGGGAAGGGAGAUGAGUUCCCAGGAUUGGUAGGGCUGGUGCACAACUAUUUGGAUAGUUUGAAUAUUGAUGUGGAGACGAGGUGCGAGAUGGGAUUGUAUCUGGAGUUGGUCUCGCAAAGGGCGAGUGGCAAGCUGAUGACGACGGCCAGCUGGAUUAGGCAGUACGUGAGGAAUCAUCCCGAGUACAAGGGCGAUUCGGUGGUCAGUCAGAAGAUCAACUAUGAUAUGAUCAAGCAGUUGGAUCUGAUUGAGAGAGGGGAGGCGGAUGCGCCUGGCUUCUUGCCAAAAGGGUAUUCUCAGAGGAGGAAGAGUCAGGAGACUAAGCCCGAACUCAGGGCUUGA